AUGCGCCUGCUAUCUGUACAGGAGGCUUUGGAGAAGGCUAUUGAGGGAGGGCAUAUUGGAGCCAUCGAGCUACUCGCCAAGGCUGCAGAUGACUUCGGCAUUAAUGCGGCCUUCAGAAACGCCGCGGCGGUGAUCAGUGCAGAUACGAUGCGGCUGGUACUGGAGAGGUUCCAAGUUGACGAAUACGUGCUGGGAGAAAUUUUGGUGGUCGCAGCAAAAAACAACAGGAGUGACGUUGUCCAACUUCUGCUGGAAAGGUGUCCUUCGAUGGAGGCAACGGGACGAAAUCGAGUUUGGGGAAGCAGUCGGUUCACCAAUCCGAUCCAAUCUGCGGUCGCAAGUGCCAUGGUUGACGCAGCAGAUGCCGGUCGACUAGAUAUGCUCAAGCUUCUGGCGAAGAAUAGCGCUUCGUACGCGGGCGAAACCCUGUGUCAUGCAGUGAACAACAACCAGUGGGAAGUCCAGGAUAUGUUGCUCGAAAUAUGGGAGAAGUAUCUGAGAGAGCCUCGGAUGGCAACUGUUAUUACGAGUAUGCUGGAGCAAGCCGCAGCGGACGGCAACGUACAAAAUCUGAAGCUUAUCUUUGCCAAGUGCGGUGAAGUCGAUAUUGGCGAUGCGUUGGAGACGGCGGUCGAGAACGGUUCUGUGGAGGUGAUCAGUCUGUUGGUUGAGAAAAGCGAACCUUCUAGCGUCGUCGGGGCCCUCAUUGAAGCUGCAACCGCCGGCAAGGCUGACAUAGUGCAAGCCUUGCUUGACCAUUCCGAUCACCAAGCGGUCGAGAAGGCUCUGCGAAAGACAAUAUCCUCGAGGAACACCGAGAUAUCGACAAUGCUGCUCGCUAGAUGUGAUCCAAGUGCGCACCAGCGCAUCUUCCAAAAUGCUGCAUCGAGUGGUUCUGUUGGGGUUCUGCAACUGCUGCUGGAUGAGAUGGAACCGCUCAGUGUCCAUCGCGCCUUGACCUGUGCUGCGGCGCGGGGACAUGCUGAGGUUGUCGCUAAGCUGGUGGAGAAAAGUGAGUCGUCGGCUAUUGCGUACGCUCUUGAAUGUGCGGUUGUUGAAGGUCGGGUUUCGGUGGUGAAGGUUCUGCGCGACUAUUGUGAUUCGGCUACUAUCCGCAAUGCCGUGACGAGAGCGCGAGUUGUUGGCUACGAAGAUGUCGUCCAGCUGCUGAGCAGCAAGAAAACACGAUUGGAGUGA